GAAGACGACAAUACAAAGGGAAACUCAUCGUGCCUAGCAUAACGACUAAACUUGGCUUCCAAGCAUAGAUCAAUUCAAGAGCAAAACCCGUCCUUUACUUCUCUUAGCUUUCAAUGCCGCCGAGGAAGAAGGUGAAAGCUGAGGCUGCCGUGGUGGAGGAUGCAAAGGCCGCCACUGCGCCCUCCGGCUCGGAGAACGGCGCCGUCGCCAUAGAGGAGGACCCGCGACCCACCUCGCCACGUACCCGCGCCCGCAACCAGACUGCAGACGCGCCGCUCGCCGCCGCCGGCGGCGCCGCCGACGCCGCCGACGGCCCCGGCGGCGGCGGCGCUGCCGACGCCAAGCGCCGCAACGCGCGCCGCAAGUACGGCGGCGCCGGCAGUACGGCUGCGGAGGCCGACGUGGCGCUGGGCGCUACGGCGAGCGGGCUGCCGCCAAAGCCGCCUAGCGGCGCGGCGGCGGCGGCGGCGAGUGGCGGCGGCGGCGGGCGCGGUGGGCGGGGGCGGAGGUCGGGCGGCGGCGGCGGCUCGGCGGACAGCGACAGCGUGAUGGACGCGGUUGUGAAGGUGUUCUGCAUGCACGUGGAGCCCAACUUCUCUCUCCCCUGGCAGCGCAAGCGGCAGUACAGCAGCAACAGCAGCGGCUUCCUGCUGCCAGGCCGCCGCAUCCUCACCAACGCACACUGCGUGGACCACUACACGCAGGUCAAGGUGAAGCGGCGCGGCAGUGACGUCAAGUUCAUGGCCACUGUUCUCAGCGUGGGGACCGAGUGCGACAUUGCGCUGCUGACUGUGGAGGACGACAAGUUCUGGGAGGGUGUGGAGCCAGUGGAGUUUGGCACCCUGCCGCAGCUGCAGGACGCGGUGACGGUGGUUGGCUACCCCAUUGGCGGCGACACCAUGUCAGUGACCAGCGGUGUGGUGAGCCGCAUCGAGGUCACCUCCUACAUGCACGGCAGCAGCGAGCUGCUGGGGAUACAGAUUGAUGCGGCGAUCAACAGCGGCAACAGCGGCGGCCCCGCGUUCAACGACGACGGGCAGUGCGUGGGCAUUGCCUUCCAGUCGCUCAAGCAUGAGGACGCCGAGAACAUCGGCUACAUCAUCCCCACCCCCGUCAUCCACCACUUCCUCACCGACUUCGAGCGGCACGGCGCCUACACCGGCUUCCCCUGCCUGGGCGUGGAGUGGCAGAAGCUUGAGAACCCGGACCUCAGGACCGUGCUCAAGAUGAAGGCGGACCAGAAGGGCGUGUUGAUCCGGCGCGUUGAGCCCACAUCGGCCUGCUCCGCCGUGCUGCGUCAGAACGACGUGCUCAUGAGCUUCGACGGCAUCGCCAUCGCCAACGACGGCACCGUGCCCUUCCGCUCCGGCGAGCGCAUCUCCUUCUCCUACCUGGUGAGCAACAAGUACACGGACGAGGAGGCGGAGCUGGUGGUGCUGCAGGACGGGGUGCAGCGGACGCUGCGUGUGGGCCUGGGCGCGCCAGUGCGGCUGGUGCCCUUCCACACACGCGGCCUGCCGCCCUCCUACUUCAUCGUGGCGGGCCUGGUGUUCACGGCGGUUACGGUGCCGUACCUGCGCUCCGAGUACGGCAAGGAGUACGACUUUGACGCGCCCGUGAAGCUGCUGGAGAAGAUGAUGCACGGCAUGGCGCAGCACAAGGAGGAGCAGGUGGUGGUCCUGAGCCAGGUGCUGGCGGCGGAGGUGAACCUGGGCUACGAGGACAUCUGCAACACACAGGUUGUGUCGCUCAACGGCGGCCGCAUCACCACCCUGGCCGAGCUGGUGGCGCGGGUGGACGCCUGCGACCAGCCCUUCCUGGUGCUGGACCUCGAGUACAACCAGAAGGUGGUGUUGGACACGGCCAAGGCACGCGCCGCUACGUCCGAGAUCCUGGCCAUGCACUGCAUCGCCACAGACCGCUCGCCAGACCUGCUGGGGCAGCAGGCGGCGGCGGCGGCAGCAGCAGCGGGAGCAGCAGCGGAGGCGGCAGGAGCAGGGGCGGCAGGGGCAGGGCCGAAGGAGGGGGAGGCGGAGGCGGAGGUGAAGGAGGAGGUGGCGGAGACGAAUGGGGCGGGGGCGGCAGCGGCGGGGGCGGCGGCGGGCAAGGCGGCGGCUGUGGGGACGAGAGGGGGGCGGCGCCGCCUGCCGGCGUAAGCUGGGUGGCGGCGGGUGUGGGUGUGGGACCGGAGGUGGGGAGGUCAGGUGGGGAGGUCAGGUGGGGAGGUCAGGUGGGGACGCGGUGCUGUAUCUGGGGGCAUGGCUCAGGAGUGCAUGGGAGGUGGGGGGUCAGGUGCGAACCUGGCUGGCGGUGAUCAGGGAAGGGGGUAAGGCGAUGUACAGCACCCAUCUGACGUGUUUUGGCUGGCUGAAUCGCAGAGGUGUGCUGGCGUCUGGUGGGAGUGUGUGUGUGUGGCGAAUCCUUGGCGGAUGUGUGGCGGGAGCUGCUGGCUAGCUGGGUGGCUGCGGUAGGGGCAGGAGGCAGGAGGGAGGGGGGGGGGCCGGACCCACGCACUGCGGAUGUAACAGAUGCUGGGGAACAGGUGGUGUGGAUGGCGUGGCGUGGCGUCCCGGAGGCCUGGACUGGAGCGGUCGCUGCGCGUGUGAUGGGACAGGGUUUAGGCAGGUUGGCGAGGUCCCGUAGGGUGCAGCUGACGCCCAUACCCCAAGCAGACGGCAAACAGUUUGCAGCGGCAGAGCAGAAGUGCAUGGCUGGUCGAACGCCGGAGUUACGGUGCCGACAAGUUGCUGGCUGGCUGGAAGUUUGCUGAUGCGCAUUCCUCACACUCCGGGCUGUGAGCCUGUGACCCUCAACAUGACCGCCA